UCUUGGAAUUGCUAGGCCAAAUAGAAGAAGAGGAUGGAAAAGGAUACAAUUAUAGCAAGCAAUUCCGAGAUGAAGGAUGAGAUGAAGUCGGUCCAGAAUGGGGAGUCUCGGGAGGAAGACACAGAGCACGGUGGCCACGUCAACACUGCUCAGCAAGAAAUGAACAACAACAAAGUGACAACAAAAGUUAAUCCUGAUUCUUCAGCCCAUUCAGUAGUAUUAGAUGUGGAAAAAGAUUCCAAUGACUCAGCUGCACCAGGUGUGACUGAGGUGAAAACUGAGACUGAUAAGUCUACGGCGUCUGUUAUAGUAAGAAAAACAGGACAACACAAGGAUGGGGAUGAGGUAGGGAAAGAUGACAAGGAACGAACAACCAGUGAAGCUGGAAAAGCAAACAAAAGACAAGCUAAGCCAGAACGAAGAGCAGAGACACCUUUAACAGAAGAACAAAAUACUAAUGCUAAUGCUACAUUGACAGCUGGAAAAAAGAGAAGGCAGACGGAGGUAAAAAUGGAUGCUAAUCUAGAAAGCCCUGAUGAAGGUGUGACCAGUUCAGAAGCUCCAGCCACAAAGAAAAGAGUGGGAAGGCCGAAAAAAGAACUGUCAGAACCCAGUGGUAGCAAGACCCAACACAACAAUAGUGAUAAAAUUACAGAUAAUACUGAAGUAGAGACAAAGAAAAAAGGACCUGGGAAGAAAGUUGUUAAAGAGGAAUCUAGCUCACAAAGUAAUGAAGCCAAUUCUGAGUCAGCUGUUCUGAAUAACAAGAGACAGAGGUCUAGACAAAAGAUGGAAGAUGGAUUAAGUUCCAAGAAGCCUGAAGAGGGAAGCAAAGACAAUAAGAUUACAGCAUGUAGUCCCAAGAAGGCUAAGAAAGAAAACCAAGAUACCCAGAUUAAAGCUGAACCUGACAAAAAGCGGGGGAGGGGUAAUAAGACCGAGACACACAAAGACACAGUGGUGCAAGAUCCAGCUGAACCAGAGAAAAAGAGAGGAAGGGGUAAUAAAGUAGAGACUCAUAAAGACACUAAGAUGGAAAAUCCAGUUGAAUCAGAGAAGAAAAAGGGGAGGGGAAAUAAAUCAGAGACACACAAAGCCACAGGGAUGGAAGAUCAAAUUGAACCAGACAAGAAAAGGGGAAGGGGUUAUAAAACAGAGACUCAUAAAGACACAGAGAUGGAUGAUCAUUCUGAACCAGAGAAGAAAAAGGGGAGGGGUAAUAAAACAGAGACACACAAAGAUACAAUGGUGCAAGAUCCAGCUGAACCAGAGAAGAAAACGGGGAGGCCAAGUAAAACUGACACUCACAAAGACACCGGGAUGGAAGAUCCAGCUGAACCAGAGAGGAGAAAAGGAAAGGGUAAUAAAAAUGAAAAUUACAAAGACUCAGGGGUGGAAGAUCAAGCUGAACCAGAGAAGAGGAGGGGAAGGGGUAAUAAAACUGAGACUCACAAAGACACAGUGCUGCAAGAUUCAGUUGAACCAGAAAAGAAAAAAGGAAUAGGUAAUAAAAAUGAGAAUCACAAAGACGCUGGGGUGGAAGAUCAAGCUGAACCAGGCAAGAAGAGGGGAAGGGGUAAUAAAAGAGAGACUCACAAAGAAACUGGAAUGGAUGAUGCCGCUGAACCAGAGAAGAAAAAGGGGAGGGGUAAUAAAACAGAGACACACAAAGAUAAAAUGAUACAAGAUCCAGCUGAACCAGAGAAGAAAAGGGGAAGGGGUAAUAAAGCAGAGACUCAUAAAGACAAUAAGGUGGAAAAUCCAGUUGAACCAGAGAAGAAGAGAGGAAGGGGUAAUAAAACAGAGACUCUCAAAGACAAAGGGGUGGAAGAUCAAGCUGAACCAGAGAUGAAAAAGGGAAGGGGAAAGAAAAGCGAGACUCACAAAGGCACUGGGUUGGAAGAUCAAGCUGAACUAGAAAAGAAAAAGGGGAGGGGGAAUAAAACUGACAUUCACAAAGACACUGGGACGGAUGAUCCAGGUUCUAAAGUUAAAAUGGGUAAAAAUCAAAAACAAGCUGCAAAGGCAAAUAGAACUUCAAAAUGGGAAAAGAAUGUAGCAAAGUACAAAUGGGCAAAUAGUGCUAAGGACAAAUAUGUAGGAGCCCAUGUAUCCAUUACAGGAGGGCUAUAUAAAGCUGUUCUGGAAGCAGAAGAGUUAGGGGCUAGAGCAUUUGGGUUGUUUUUGAGGUCUCAGAGACAGUGGGCCAGCAAACCCCUCGAAGACGCAGUGGCUCAGAGGUUCAAAGAUAUCUGUAAAGAGUAUGGCUAUCCCCCUCAUGUGAUUGUCCCCCAUGGUUCGUACCUGAUGAACUGUGGCUCACCUGAUGACAUCAGUCUACAGAAGAGUCGAGAUCUACUCCUGGAGGAACUCCAGCGAUGUGAGAAGUUAGGCCUCAACAGGUUCAAUUUUCACCCAGGUUCUACAUGUGGAAAAAUUUCUGUAGAGGAAUGUUUGGACAGGAUUGGAGAGAGUAUCAACCAGGCACUGGCAAAAACAAAAGGUGUCGCUGCAGUGAUUGAGAACAUGUGUUGCCAGGGAAGCACUGUGGGAGGGAAGUUUGAGGAACUGAAGGGAAUUAUCAGCCGAGUCCAUGACAAAAGCAGGAUCGGCGUUUGUCUGGAUACCUGUCAUAUGUUUGCUGCAGGUUAUGAUAUUUCAACAGAAAAGGGAUACCAGAACAUGAUGGAAGAAUUUAAUCGUGUUGUUGGUCAGAAGUAUCUGAAAGCCAUACACCUGAAUGACAGUAAAGGUGAAGUUGGCAGUCACCUGGAUCGGCACGAGAACAUUGGAAAAGGUAUGAUUGGUAAAGCUGCCUUCCAGCGAAUAAUGAACGACGCUCGCCUGAACAACAUUCCCAUGAUUCUAGAGACGCCAUGUGCUGAGGAUGAAACGUACGAGAAAGAAGUUCGUAUUCUCUACUCCAUGUGUAAGUGAGGAAUGUACAAUGAUCCAAGUCUGCAGCAGUGUUGGUAUAGAUGCAUGUAGAUGUGUAUGUACUUGGAUGUGAACCUGGAUUUUCUAUUCAUUUGUGAUGAUGAUGUACAAAAUAAAAAAUACAGCAUUAUUA